GAGGAACGGAUCGAGCAACGGCUGAAGGAGCACGUGGAAAGGACUGCGAAGACAUUUGAGCGGGAGACGGGCGCGAGGAUGGGUAGGAGGGGGGAGGGGUUUAGAAAGGGAUGGAGGAAGGGGUUGGGAGGGGAGGGAGGAAGGAGGGCCUUGAAGAUCGUCUCUCUCCCUGAACGUGGUGUCUCGACGCAUUUUGGAGCGAUGCGAUUGUGGUCUCAUUCUCAUCCUUCCCGCUCCAUUUGCCCUCCCUUCUCCCCUCCUUCCUCCCUUCCUCGCUUGCUCCCUCCCCUCCCUCCCUCCCUGGCCCACUUCCUCCCUCCCCUCCCUCCAGCGGCCCUGGAUGGCAUAGAGACGGCUGUCCGGAGCCCGCAAGAGAGUUUUUUGGAGGAAAUGGAGAGCUUUCAACAUCACGUCAAGAGAACCUUGAGAGAACUGUGUGACGGGAUCGCCAUCGAGGCGCAGGCACGCGAAGAAGAGGAUUGCUUGGUCUUGGACGCAAUGCUCGAAGCACAAAAGUCGUUGCAGCGCAUCAUUCUCGAGAAUUACGGGGGCCGACCGAUAGGUCCCGGGGAGGACGCAGAAGAUUCCUUUUUAUUGAGGCUGUACGUUGUCAUCUACACGAGCAAUGCGGGUGUUACAAUUCCCCCCAAAGUAGCAAGCGCUUAA